UGUUUCUGUUAGCCGCAGAUGCUAACGGGCAGAUAACAGAGAGCGGCUCUGUUGGCUGCGUUGACAAGCGUCAGUAUCACGUUUAAAAAAGGGAUUUUCGUUGUAAUUUAUUCACUUGAAAUUACACAUAUCCAACCAGGACACCGUUCUACGACACUGCAGUCAGGAGGGAAGACGCUUUAAACUCUCACCUCACGGUUGCAUCAGUCAGCCUGCCUCUCUGUGGAAUAAAUCCUGGCUCUCAGCUGAAGAUGGACGUUUACUUACCGGUAUAACUGCAGCCUGUGAAUCAGUGAGAUCUGCUGCCAGAUGACCAGGAGACCUCACCAUGAAGCCUGUCAGCUAUCAAAGCAUGCCGUCAUCUGUGAACGGUGGGCAUCCAAAUGUGGCACUGGAUCGUGUGUUAAGCACUUCAAAUGUGAUGUAUUGUGAGAAAUGUGGAUUUGCAUCCACAGAUGGCGUAGUGUUCAAGAAGCAUAUGUUGGAGCAUAUGCAGACAAAGUUUUAUUGCUUUUAUUGCAACAACGUCUCUUUCAGUGAGGCUGAAUUAGCCGUGCACCUGAAGCAGCACACUUCAAAGUAUCCAUUCACGUGUCCCCACUGCGGACAGGGCUACAUGAGGAGGCUCUGCCUUGUGAAGCACAUCGACCGUUUGCAUAGUAAAAGCAUUAAUCAAGGACCUGCUAAGCCUGGCAUGACAAAAACUCCACAGAUCCCUGUCUCCAGUGCCUUAAGAAGUGUGCCCGCUGCUGAUCCAUCUUCUGUUCGACCAGUUGUUCGAGUGACAGUACCCACCCCGUCUGUACCUGCUGCCAGAUUUGGAAAAGAUGAACAGAGAGGGAAAACACUGGACACAAAUGUAUCAACUGCCACUAAUGGUAAUGCAGAACUUUUGUCCCCUUUGAACGGACUAAUUCAGCACAACAGAGCACUAACAGUUUCUCUUCCCGAGGAGGUAAAUAUCCCCGCUGGCUGCUUAGUUGAACUUGUCGAGGUGAAAACUGUCAAUGGGACAAAGGAGCUAAAGCUAAGGCUCAUCUCUCAACAGGAAAACGAGUCUGUAAUAAAGGACACAAGGACCGUGGCCUCUCAAAACACUGCACUGGGUAAGCCUCUGUCUCCCACAUUUAGUCAUCCAAACAUGGUGUGGUCUACAAGUAUGGGCAUGUGCACAGUGAACAGGAAACAGAAUGAAACAAGGACAGUCAAUGUGGAGCGUCCUGCUAUUAUCCCUGUCAGUACUCCCAACAAUCUCAUGAAUCCAAUGAGCAAAGAAAAGAGCGGAUUGAAAAGAACAUCUCCAGAAAUAAUCAACCUGGAGUGCAACCCAGUCAUCCCAAACAAGCUCCCCAAAAGCAUCCUCAAUCCUGUAAGAGAAGGUAACAGUGGCAUCAGUGUCACACAAACGGCACCUGUUAGCCAUAAUGCAGCUCUUAAUGCUCUGUCCUCCAUGGCUGCCAACCGGUUGAGUACAGCGCUGCAUCCAGACGGCAGGGCAACAAGCGUCUCCCAGAGAGUGGUGGAUGAGAGAAAGAAUGUGAUUGUAGAUCAUUCAAAGAGUAUCCCACCCAGGAGGGUCUGCGACACAAAAACCAUUCCUCAAAAUGUGCCGUUGGCUGUGAAGCUGGAACCUCAGGCGAUGCACCUCAAGAGCAACACUGUUUCUAAACCAAUGAAAGAGGCGGUGUCGUUGAACCAGCAAACUUUGAAAUCAACUUCUCCCUGUUUAAGUGUUCCAGCUGUCCAAGUGAGACCUCAGGUAAUUUCAGUCGGUAAGAAUGAUGUUGCAAAUCAGUCUCCGGUCAAAACAUCUGUCCUCUUUAAUCACACAAGUUCAAAGACCUCCACUUGGACUCAGGAAGUGAGACCAAAGGAGACGGCAAGAGAAGGACAUGUGUCGGAACCUGAGAGUUUCCCUGUCAUCUCCUCUGUGUUUUCAUUAAGUCAACAGCCAGAGGAAGCCCAAGGUUCCAUUCAGCCUUUGGUAAUGGCUCUGCGCGGCAUAGUGAUGGAUAAAAGGAGCAGUUCCGGCAGUAAAACCCAAGGUCACGUUAAGAUAACGAACAGCACAGAGCAAGCGAGCGCUGCUCCAGCAUCAUGGCAUUCACAUCAGGUUGCCCCAAAAAGUGGAUCGUUUAUUCGUGACCUGUUAUUGACAAAGCAGAAGAGUGAGUCUGUAAAAGAAGAAGAGCAUGAUAAGGAUGUUCAGCACCCUAAUGCACUGACCAACAACCAUGUCCAUGUCAAGGAGGAAAAGAAUAGCACUGCACAGACAGACAGUGUUCAAAGCAGUCACAUUUCUGCUUCCAAAUCUUCAACAGAUGAGGAAUCUACAGUUGUCUCAAAUGUAGAGGAAUCUGAGACGGCCAAAAGUGAGCCUGACAUCUCCUCAAAGUUUCUCACCGUCUCUCUGAAAAGGGUCCAAGUAGGCGUGUGGAAAAAAAGCAAGAAGGGACUGAAACUUAGAAUAUCCAAAUAUAAGACUGAGGUCCCUGUGGCCAGUCUAACUGAUUGUACGGUGAUUUACCCGAUGCCGCUGAAGGUGGACCAACUGGUGAAACGUCCGGGUCCGUACCAGCCGGUGGUGGUUCUCAACCAUCCAAAGCCCCGGGUUUCUGUACAGGGAAUGAGAGCAGACACUUUUGCAGACACAGGAGCCUCUCAAGUGGUUCCAAAGUGUCAAAUCUUAAAAAUGAGGCUGAGCAAAGUGAUGGGCCAAAAGUACGAGGUAAUGGGGUGUACUGUUGGAGUUUUUCCAUGAAUGUAUCGGACAAUUCAUCACUGGACAGAAGUGUACAUUUAUGAUGAAAUAAGUAGUAUUACAGUGAAAAGAAAAACUUAUCUUACACUGAUAAAAUAUUAAGGCAAUUAUUUUCUUUAUGGGAGAACAGGAUUUAAAAAAAUAUGGACAUCGAAGGAUCACUAAACAUUGUCUUAUAUGUAUUAUAUGAAAUAUUAAAGUGCAAUGUUUGACUUUGACUCAUGGAACAUGUACUAUCUGCCGUUGUAAAUUCCUGUUAGCAACGCACAGAUGUUAGAUACUGUUGCAGAAGUUUGAGAAACCAGUAGAUCUGUCAAAGUCAUUAAUGCAUGCUGUUUAUUUAAAAAGAAUCCCUUUUAUUUAUUUGUUUUGUUUGCAUCGCUAGUAUGGCAUUGGUAAUCUGUCUUAUCGUACACCAGUAAGUAAUGGGUAUUAAUGAAAAAUUUGCAAUGGCAUUUUUGUAUGAUGUCAUUUCUUGUGGGUCAAAACUCACGUGCAAUAUUUAGCACAAAAACAAUACAGUGAAAAUAUGACUUUACCAAGUAAUAGUCCAGAUGCACAGUUCAAUGUAAGGACAGCAAAAGAAUAUUUCCAGUCGUCAUUUAUGAGAAAACAUUUUGUAUCUUUGACAUUGUCCCCAUUUCAUUGUGUAUUCUUAGAUGGCUUGUUGUAUAGACUCCACAAAUUCAAAAUUUUAGCUCUUAAACCCGUCCAAAAGGCCUGUCCAGUUUCAAAAUCUUCUCCAAAUUUGGCCUGAGAAACAUGAUUUCAUAAGGAUGACAACCUUUAUCUGUUGUUCUGCUGCCAUUUUUGUAGAGAUGCAUUCAGGCACUCUUUGUAAACUCUUGUAUUUGGGGAAAAUGACAUGUUAGUACACAACAUUAAGUUCAUUAUCCGAAAUUGAUCAAUGAAAAAGUCACUUUAAAGUGUAAAUAAUGGAAUUUAAACAUACACUCCACUGUGUGCUCCCGUUAUCCGUUUGGAAAUUUUAUAAAUCGCAGAGUUUUACAGUGAGAACAAAGUUUGCCAGUUGUACAUACAUACAUGUUAAGCUUGGGUUUUGUUUUGUUCCCCACCUUGCUGGACUUUUUGGGUGAAAACUUGAAUGUUUUGGACGUAACCAGCUGAUGAACGGGUGAUUGAAUGCACCAUACGUUGUGAUUUUUGCAAGGCCAGCGCCAAAGGCUUAAUAUUGUGCAUUUUUCUUUUAUUGUCUCUCGCCAAUUACUUUAUAAUUUUUCAGGGGGUGUAUUCAUUGAACUAUAAUGUGUAAAUAGUUACUGAUUUUCUUGGUCUAAUUUAUUUGACUUUAAACUUGGAAAUGAAUUUUUCUGAAAUGUCAUCUUAGAUUUGCUCUUUCUUGAGGUGUGAAGUUCCAGCCCCGUCACAGUGGAGUCGACUAAAGCAACCCAAAUUGGUUUAUUACUGUAACAGAGACAAAACCCUGUCCUGUUUUUUUCUGCCAUGAAGACACUUAAUGUCUGUGCUUUUUCUUGUGCAGUUCAAACCUGUUGUACAUUUUUUGAAAGAAUCAAACAUAAGCAUUCGUCUCUCUUGGUACUUUGCAGAUCUGUUUCUCUUCUUACGGCAGCAUUAUGACACCUGUGUGUUCUUGUUUAUACUAUAAUCAUGAUGGUUGAGGUGCUAGACCUAUGGUUAUACAUAUAGGUUUUGGUUGCCCCUAGUUUUUAACAUGUAUAUACAUUUGUUCGUGGUCAGAUUUUAUUGUGUACAUACUUGUAAAUAUGAAACAUGAUAUUCAUACUCAGUAGAAAAUGUCCUCUUCUGCACCAACACUUAAACUGUGCUUUACUUUCCUUCAGCUGCAGUGUCUAAAGCUGCUGUGCAGGCUUUGUUAUAUAUCAAUACUUUAAACGUCUUUGACAGUUCGUUCUGAUUGUUAUACUUUGUUUUCAAUUCAAGGCUCAUCUGUGUGAGAAGAAGUCAUGUUCCAGUUUAAAGUGUUUUCAGUUUUAUUACAUCCUCAGUGUUCAUAUCAUUGUGAUUCAUGCUUUUAUAAUGACAAUUGUGUAACUCCUCUUUUUUCUAUUAAAAACAAGAUAUGAUCAUA